AGCGGAGAGACCUAUGACUUUUUGAUUCUAUUCUUUUCUUAGUCCCCACUCCCCAAUCAAAUUCCAGAAACCAAUUAGAAGACACCGUUAGACCAGUACUAUAAAGUCUGAACCAGGACUUUUCUUGAUUUGCUACCUUACAGAGCUGAAACCGAUAGAUAUACCACAGAUCAACGACAAUGGCAGAUACUGAGAUGAUGAACAGCAAUGCUCACGAUUUUCAGUCGCUACUGUCUUCUUCUGAACGAGACUUUCUUGUUCGUAACGACGGUGAUCAGGUUAAGAUUGACAGCUUGAAGGGGAAGAAGAUCGCGCUCUAUUUUUCAGCAUCAUGGUGCGGCCCAUGUCGCCGAUUCACACCGAUUUUGAUGGAAGUAUACAAGGAACUAGCUUCCAAGGGUGAUUUUGAAAUCAUUUUUGUCUCUGGGGAUGAAGAUGAUGAGUCAUUCAAUGAGUACUUUUCCAAGAUGCCAUGGCUUGCAAUCCCAUUUUCUGAUUCAGACACACGUGAAAAGUUAGAUGAGCUGUUCAAAGUGAUGGGAAUUCCCCAUCUUGUGAUCCUUGAUGAAAAUGGUAGAGUUUUGAGUGACAGUGGGGUUGAGAUUAUUCGUGAAUAUGGAGUUGAAGGGUACCCUUUUACACCAGAAAAAAUCAACGAAAUAAAGGAGCAAGAAGAAGCAGGAAGGAGGGAUCAGUCUUUAAGAUCCAUCCUCGUCUUCCGCUCACUUGACUUUGUAAUUUCAUGUGAUGGAAAGAAGAUACCAGUCUCUGAACUUGAAGGGAAGACAGUAGGCCUGUAUUUCUCAUUGUCUACAUACGAAUCUUGUUCUGAUUUUACUCCAAAGCUUGCUCAGGUUUAUGAGAAAUUGAAAGCCAAGGGAGAGAAAUUUGAAAUUGUGUUGGUAUUACUUGAUGACGAUGACGAAUCCUUCGAAGGAUGCCUUGAAAGCAUGCCUUGGUUGGCAUUGCCCUUCAAGGACAAGAGAUGUGAGAAGUUGGUCAGACACUUUGAGCUUUCUACUGUUCCCUCUGUGGUUAUUAUUGGACCAGAUGGAAAAACUCUCCAUCUGAAUGCUGCUGAAGCCAUUGAAGAACAUGGAAUUCAGGCAUAUCCGUUUACCCCAGAGAAGUUUGCAGAGCUUGCAGAGAUAGAGAAAGAAAGAGAAGAAGCUCAAACCCUGGAGUCAAUUUUGGUAUCAGAUGACCGGGAUUUCAUUAUUGGGAAGGAUGGUGCCAAGGUUAAGGUGGCUGAUCUGGUGGGGAAGAACAUCCUCCUUUAUUUUUCAGCACAUUGGUGUCCACCAUGCCGUGCAUUUCUGCCUACUCUUAUUGAAGCAUACAACAAGAUUAAGGAAAAGGAUGCUGCGUUUGAAAUUAUUUUCAUCUCAAGUGACAGGGACCAGGCUGCUUUUGAUGAAUACUUUUCAGAAAUGCCAUGGUUGGCGCUACCCUUUGGUGAUGAGAGGAAGGCAACUUUGUCUCGCCGUUUCAAAGUCCAUGGCAUCCCCAUGCUUGUAGCUAUUGGACCUUCUGGCAAGACUCUGACAACAGACGCCAGAAAUCUCAUUAUGGAGCAUGCGGCUGAUGCUUAUCCUUUCACUGAUGAGCGUUUAAAGGAGAUUGAAAAGGAACAGAAGGAGAUGGUGAAGGGGUGGCCUGAGAAGGUUUACCAUGUGCUUCAUAAAGAGCACGAGCUUGUGCUUACCCGCCGUAAAGUUUAUACAUGUGAUGGCUGUGGUAAAGAUGGACAUGUAUGGUCAUUCAACUGCGAUGAGUGUGACUUUGAUCUUCAUCCCGAGUGUGCUUUGGAAGAUAAAGGAACCAAAAAUGAUGCACAGAAGGAGCAAAGUCAGAAAGAAGAGUGGAUAUGUGACGGAGCGGUCUGCUACAAGCCUUGAGAAGUUGAACUUUUUAUCUUCAUCUACAGUCGUGGUUCUUAGUUAUAGUAUGUAUUCAUGAAUGAUACAAUAAUGCUCCGAGCUUGGUGAGCCUCCUAUCUUGUUAGCUACUAUCUUUUAUCAGAUCUAUAAGUGGACUUGCGUGUAUUAAACUUCCACCUGCAUUAUUAUACAAGGCUUCUGCGUGCGACGAGGUUCUCCCUACCUCCACAGCUCCACUGGUCUAGUAAUAAAGGCAGUUGCAUUUCGGGCUUGAACAUGUUGAAUAUCAUCUUGGUUAUGGUAUUGUGUAGGUUUUGGUUA